AUGUCCGGAAGUCCUGCAACACCCAGAGGCAAGACCACCUUCAACCCGACGACGCCAGCAACCUCGCGCAUUGCAGGGGCGGGGAUUGUUCAAGCGUCGCCACAUUACACAACGACAAGACGACACUCGCUAUAUGGCGUGGAGGACAGAGUCGUCAUUGACCCUGGUUCUAUAAUUUGGAAAGUAGGAUUUAGUGGGGAAGGUAAACCUCGCAGUGUUUUCCAUCCUGGAGGAGCGAACGGUUCACCUUUAUGGAACCUCGGACGCGCCGCGGAUCCUGUCGAAAGAGCGGAGGAGGACAGGAUACUGGAAAUUCGGCUUCAAACUUCCCUUCGGUCUGUUUUUCACGACUCGUUGCUCACAGACCCAAAAGCACGGAAAGUGAUUCUGGUAGAACACCCAUUGUUGCCUUUGUACAUCAAGGAUACCAUCGCUCGACUGCUCUUUGAGAACCAGGUUCCGUCCGUGUCUUUCGCGUCAAGUCAUCUUCUGUCUCUCCUUGCCAUAGGACGAAUAACAGGUUUGGUGCUUGACUGUGGCCAUCUCGAGUCUGUCGCUCUACCCAUAUUCGCUGCAAGGCCUCUAUUUCCUCAGCUGCAGACAACCCCCCUUGCCGGCUCCCGUCUGACUUCACAUCUUCGUGCUCUUCUUCUCAUGUUUGGAACAUAUCUCCCCCCGCCCACAUCUCUGAGCGCUGCUGUCAACAUUCCCGCGGCAAAUCGUUCGACCCGCGUUCCGCAGGAUGUCCUGACGGCUAAGGUGGUCGAGGAAAUUAAAACGCGCUGCUGCUUUGUUGGUGAUAUCUUGAAGGGCGCCAAUGAAACAUCGGGCAGGGAAACACCCUCAGAGGAUUUCGGAUCCGAGAUGGAUGCGCCAAUUAGCGACGCAGCUCACUCCGAGUCCGACUUUUCCCAUUCAGGCUUCGACAGCGUUGUGUCAUCUCAUGGGGAUUCUUCCGAAUUUUCCAUUAUACCUUCUUCUCACACACGUCCAAUGAAUAAAUCUAGUGGAGAGAGCCAUUUACAGGCGCUCGCUACAAUGUACAAAAGACAUUCAACUGCGACUGACCUCCAUAUGCGGGUGGAACCUCCCCCCUCUCAACAAACUGGCACGGGUCGUGGAACGUUGAUUAUUCCCGGUUGGAUACGUGAACGCGCAGCUGAAGUUCUUUUUGAAGGUGGCGACGUGGACGAAGGUAGUCUGGCGGAGACGAUAUUGAACGCGCUGCUUAAGGUUCCUGUUGAUCUUCGCAAAACAUUGGCCUCGUCAAUACUUGUCACAGGAGGAACGGCUAUGCUACCCGGUUUCAUACCCCGCCUUCACGCCGAACUUCUUCAUUCUAUCGCACCGCCUUUGGCGCAGACACGGGAAACUAACAGGCAUAACAGACCUGCUCCACCACAGUACGAUAAAUACGCAUCUCUGCGACCUCUUGUCCCGUAUUUUGCGAUAUUGAAUAACCCAUCUCCGCCGCCUCCUACUUCAGAUAGAGCAAGCGCUAAUGCUGGGAAAGCGCCUGCAUUUUCACCGUCAACCCUGGCAUGGGUUGGAGGCUCAUUGGCUGGGUCGCUUAAAACAGGAGGAGUGGAGGUUGCCCGCGAGAAAUGGGACGAAAAUGAUGUCAAUCGCAAUGAUGAGGAUAGUAUGGACGUCACAAUGGAAAGUCCCCAAAGGACUAAAAGUAUCCUCCCGGAUUGGACGAGAGCAACGUUACCGCCAGGGGCUCCUAUGGUAAACCCUUCCAAGUCGGCUCAAGCUGCAUGA